AUGGCCUCCAUCAAUAAGCUCAUGCCAUUGCUUCUCGCAGGGCCUGCCGUGGCAUUGUCCCUUAGACGUUCGACCACCGGCACCUCGAGACCGACCGUUCUCACUAAUGUUACCCUUCCCGGCAUCGCAGCGACAGAUUACACUACAGAGAACUGGGCUGGUGCCAUUAUUGAAAACUCUGAUGUUACCACGGUCACCGGCACAUUUGAAGUUCCCGCCAUUGACAUGCCAUCUGGCGGUGACAGUUCCACUUCAUACUGCGGCUGUGCCUGGGUUGGCAUUGAUGGCUUCGAAAACGACUGUGAUGGCGGCCUUAUGCAGGCUGGUAUCGACUGGUGUAUUCAAAAUGGCGCUGUCAGUUAUUCAGCCUGGUCUGAGUACUGGCCUGCUGAAGCUCAAGUGGGCUGGGACAUCGCUAUCUCUCAGGGUGAUUUGAUUACUGUUACCAUUGAUACUUCAAGCACAACCAGUGGUACCGCGACACUCGAAAACACUUCUACUGGGCAGAGCGUUAGCCGCACUUGGUCUGGCAUGUCACCAGCUCUUUGCCGUGUUACUGCAGAAUGGGUUGUUGAGGACUACAGUGUCAAUAAUGCUUUAGCUCCCUUCGCCGAUUUCAACCAGGUUUACUGGGCCGACACCGAUGCUACCGUUAACGGUGCCUCUUGGGGAGCGUCCCCUUCAAACAUCCUUGACAUGGUUCAGGGUAGCGAUGUUCUUGCUACUGCAUAUCUCAGUGGUAACAAUGUUAUUAUUAACUACGGCACUGGAUAUUAA